AUGGUGACUUAUGAGCCCAAGAACAUCCUCAUAACUGGUGCUGCGGGUUUCAUUGCGUCCCAUGUGGCGAACCGUCUGGUUAGGAGCUACCCUCACUAUAAGAUUGUUGUCCUCGACAAGAUUGACUACUGCUCCAACCUGAAAAACCUCAGCCCUUCCCGAUCAUCGCCAAAUUUCAAGUUUGUCAAAGGCGACAUUGCAAGUGCUGAUCUGGUGAACUUCCUUCUCAUCAGUGAGUCAAUUGACACCAUCAUGCACUUUGCCGCUCAGACUCACGUGGAUAAUUCAUUUGGCAAUUCCUUUGAGUUCACAAAGAACAACAUAUAUGGUACCCACGUUCUCCUUGAGGCAUGCAAGGUUACUGGCCAGAUCAAAAGAUUUAUUCAUGUGAGUACUGAUGAGGUGUACGGAGAAACUGAUGAGGAUGCUCUGGUUGGUAACCAUGAGGCCUCACAGUUGCUUCCCACAAAUCCAUAUGCAGCUACAAAAGCUGGUGCUGAAAUGCUUGUGAUGGCUUAUGGAAAGUCUUAUGGUCUUCCUGUGAUUACAACUCGAGGCAACAAUGUGUAUGGGCUAAAUCAGUUUCCUGAGAAGCUCAUCCCCAAAUUUAUUCUUUUGGCCAUGAGAGGUUUGUCCCUUCCAAUUCAUGGUGAUGGCUCUAAUGUCAGGAGCUAUCUUUAUUGUGAGGAUGUUGCUGAAGCUUUUGAGGCAGUUCUUCAUAAAGGAGAGGUUGGGCAAGUGUAUAACAUUGGUACUUUGAAGGAGAGGAGGGUGAUUGAUGUGGCCAGUGAAAUAUGCAAGCUUUUUAGCUUGGACACCAAAAAAUUCAUCAGGUUUGUUGAGAAUAGGCCCUUCAAUGAUCAGAGGUACUUUCUGGAUAAUCAGAAAUUGAAGAAGUUGGGAUGGUCAGAGAGCACAUCAUGGGAAGAGGGUUUGAAGAAAACAGUUGAAUGGUACACCAACAAUCCUGAUUACUGGGGGGAUGUUGCCGGUGCAUUGCUCCCUCAUCCAAAUAUGCCGAUGACGCCUGGAAUUGAAGGGAAUAACUGGAUUGAGGAAAUAAAAUCUCUUGCUUCCUCACCGAGCGAAGCUAAGGAACCUAGCACAAUAACUCCUACAACCACUUCCAAGAGCACCAGCAGUGGCACUCAAAAUACCAACUACAAGUUCUUGAUAUAUGGUAAGACUGGAUGGAUUGGUGGUCUACUAGGGAAGAUAUGUGAUAAGCAAGGAAUACCAUAUGAAUAUGGGAAGGGACGCCUGCAGGAGCGUUCUCAACUUUUGGAGGACAUAACAAAAGUGAAGCCCACUCAUGUUUUCAAUGCUGCUGGUGUCACUGGAAGACCAAAUGUGGACUGGUGUGAGACCCAUAAACAAGAUACUAUCCGUACCAAUGUUGUAGGCACCUUGAAUCUUGCUGAUGUCUGUCGUGAGAAGGGCUUGCUCAUGAUCAAUUAUGCCACAGGUUGCAUAUUUGAGUAUAAUGCUGGUCACCCUGAAGGAUCUGGAAUUGGUUUUAAAGAGGAAGACACACCCAACUUCAUAGGUUCCUUCUAUUCUAAAACUAAGGCCAUUGUGGAGGAGUUAUUGAAGGACUAUGAAAAUGUCUGUACUCUUAGAGUCAGAAUGCCCAUAUCAUCGGAUCUAAGCAAUCCUCGUAACUUCAUCACAAAGAUAGCUCGCUACGAGAAGGUGGUGAACAUUCCCAAUAGUAUGACCAUUUUAGAUGAACUCUUGCCUAUCUCUGUUGAGAUGGCUAAGAGAGAUUGUAGGGGCAUAUGGAACUUCACCAACCCUGGGGUUGUCAGUCACAACGAGAUUCUGGAGAUGUACAGGAAGUACAUCAAUCCAAACUUCAAGUGGAGCAAUUUCACACUUGAAGAGCAGGCCAAGGUUAUAGUUGCACAAAGAAGCAACAAUGAAAUGGAUGCAUCGAAGCUGAAGUCUGAGUUCCCUGAGCUACUAUCCAUUAAGGAUGCUUUGAUUAAGUAUGUCUUUGAGCCGAACAAGAAGGUUGCUACUGACUGA